ACACAUUUCCAUAUCUACAGUUGAGUUCUUGGUGUCAUCUGAGUUAUUAUUGAAAACAUGGAUGUCGACUUGGUAGAGAUAUGUAAGGCAGUCGUUACGAUCACAGGAGGUGCUGCCACUGUGAUUCUGACUCCUGCCAUUCUGACUACAAUGGGGUUCACUUCAACUGGAAUAGUAGCAGGCUCCAUCGCUGCCAGACUGAUGGCAUAUUUUGGUGGAGGAGGUCUAAUAGCAAUCUUACAGUCCUGGGCUAUGGGAGGUCUUCCAUGGGCUGUCACUGGAUGGUUUGGCAGUGCUGGAGCAGCAGCAGGUUGGGUGCUCUCAACUGUGUGUAACAUGACUGUGAAACAUGAAGAUUAACACAUUGAAUAAAUACAAACUGGCUUACAAAUGUUUCCUCCUAUUACAAAUCUCAAAAACCUGAUUUAAGAAUUUUUUUUAUUAUGUGUAAAUUUCAAACACUGAGAUUAAAGCAUGAUUUGAGAAUUGAGUUACAAAAGUGAUUGAUAAAGAUUAUUGCUGAUUUUUACCCAUCAUUUUGAAAUAAAAUAUCAUUGUAUAGGGCAAAGAUUGA